AUGUGGCUGCUGCUGACGGCGUUCGGCUUGCACCAACUGCAGUCCGUGGCGAGCCUCGACUGCUUCAGCUGCGGUGUUUUUCUCUCGGCGCCGACAGCCGAAUGUCGCGGCGUCGUUCGCAACAACUCUUGCGCUCCACAGAACUAUGGUUGUCUCUCCGUCAUCGGUCAGAAUUCGGUUCGUUUACCUUUAUUUUUUAUUAUUUCGAAACAAGUUCUUCAAAUAGGGGUAUUAUUCACGCCAUUAAACUAAUUAUUUCACAGGACUCGACUUACUACGUGGAAAAGAGAUGCGCGGAAAAGAGCGACGACCUAAAAGAAGGCUGCAUCGAUAUUGGCAUUCGCGGGUGAGAUUUAUUGGCAGUACAUUAAAAGUUAAUGAAUAUCGUUUCAAUAUGCAAAAACGGAAUAUCCUAUGAAACGUAGAAAAUUUUAGAAUCGCUGCCAAACAAUGUCUGUGUAAAACCGACUUCUGCAACUCCUCGAAAAUUCUUCCAACUUCGACUUCAUUUUUGGUUUUAUUCGCUAUCGCUUCAUUAAAACUAAUGAGAUGA